CGCACCCCCGGGACUUCCACCCUCUUUACAAUUCCUUCCUGGCGUCCCCGACGUCUCCCGGGAAUGUUCCUCCUCUCCACCCCUGACUCCGAAUUCCCAUUCAAAUUAAUAAUCCUUCUAAUAAUCUGACCUCCUGCCCCUCCCUCUCUUCCAGCCUCACUCCCACCCCCUUUCCCUUCCCCCCUCCCACCAGCCAGAGGGAAACCCGGGAAGCUGCUGGAGGGAGACGGGAGGGAAGAAAAAAAAAGUGUGGGGGGUGUGGGGGUGGCGGAGAAGAAGGACACGGUCCCUUGGGCUUUUGGCCGUCGCCUGCUGAGGGAGUUCCAGCCACUGUCAGCACCACUGCCACGCUCCGGGUCUGCCACCUCCCAGGGCAUCUCAGUGCCCUAUUAAACAUCGGGGGGGGGCUUGGGCAGACACCCCUCCUCUCCCUCCGCCCCAUGUCCACUGGGGAGACAGCCUGGGUUAGAGAAGGAGAGGGAGGAGGAGGAGGAGGAGGAAGGCGGCGGCCGAGGGAUGUGACCAUUCGUUCCUUUCAAUGUCAUGGGCUUCGAUCCCCCCUCCCUGGGGAAAAUCGGCGCCUUAGUGUGAGAAAGGAGACUCGCUGUCCAGCAGACCGCAGACGGCUCUCGGGCUGGGGACCAGGCGAAUAGAGGGUGACGGUGCGCUGGGGGGCUUUGCCAUCCUCCUACCCCGCACUGGGGAGGAAAAGCAGCCAGGAUCCCCUUCCCCUUUCCCUUCCCCACCAGCUUGGUUUUCUCCUCGGGAGGUGUUUUGAGGAUCCCCUUGACUUCAAGGAAGGACGGACGGCCCACCCAGACCCCACAUCGUCUUCCUCCGAGCCCCGGUUUCGGUGGCAGCUUCUCCGUCGUGGUGACCCUUUCCCCAUGACCCUAAGGUCCCACGAGUCCACGGUGGAUGGUGCGGAAGGGACUCGAAGCCAGUGGGGGGCGGCAGGUGCAGCAGAGGAGCAACCCUCGGAGGUGGUGCGUUUGGCUACAGCCAUGCGGGAAUUGAGCCAGGCAGGAUGGUACUGGGGAAGCAUGACUGUUAAUGAAGCCAAAGAGAAAUUAAAAGACGCCCCAGAAGGAACCUUCCUGAUCAGAGACAGUUCUCACUCGGACUACUUGCUUACUAUAUCUGUCAAAACCUCAGCAGGACCAACCAAUCUUCGGAUAGAAUACCAGGAUGGGAAAUUUAGAUUGGACUCCAUCAUCUGCGUCAAAUCCAGGCUGAAACAAUUUGACAGCGUGGUCCAUCUAAUUGAAUACUACGUGCGAACUUGCAAGGACAAGAGGACGGGUGCCGAAACCCCUCGGAAUGGAACCGUGCAUCUCUAUUUGACAAAACCCCUCUAUACGUCCACUCCAACCCUCCAGCAUCUCUGCAGACUCUGUAUAAACAAAUGUACAACUAAGAUCUGGGAAUUGCCUUUACCAACAAGACUAAAAGAUUACUUGAAAGACUAUCAGUACCAGGUAUAAAUUUCUCUCUUUUUUCUAAACACGCCUCAUGUAGAAUCUCUCUGAAUGCAGCUAUGUCAAGAGAGCCAAAUCGGCAUAGCCCUGGCUAGCCACGUGUCCAACUCAGAAAUGGGAUUUCCUCAUAAGAACAACUGUAGUCAAACUAAUUUAACUGUCCAAGGAAGGCUGGGGGGGGGGGGGAACAAGUCAACUAUAUUAAAAUCUCCAUCACUUUUCUCAUCUGAGUGACUUUACCCCGACACCAAGAGGAGUCUUUCUCUCUCCCUUUUUUAUGAUUCAGUGUUUGGUGGUACAUUUGCCAACCUGAGGGUCAGGGAAACCUCUUUUUUUUUUUUUUUAAUAGGUCAUUUUUGUGUGUGAGUUCUUAGCUGUCGGGGUGUCAAGGGUACAUGCUGCCAGGUGUUCAGCUGAUGUUAAAGCUCAGAGCUGGCGCCAAAAGAACUGGAAAGGGAGAAGCCGAGAUGGGGCUGCUCACAACUUAUUUGCCUGGUGGUGUCUUAGAAUGUCUUUAUUUUACAUUCUGGUGUACUUGUUUAGAGUUUUUGUUGUUCUUGUUAAACAGAACAUGCUUGUCAGUAUUUAUCUUUUGUUUUAUACCAUUCACCAAAUCCAACAGUGACCGUGAAAUCUUGUAUUUGUCUUCUGACUCCAAACGGCCGACGAUCUCGUGUGAGUAGGAGAGUACUGUAGCCCUUUAUUUAAAAAAAAAAAAAAAAAAAAAAAAAAAGGAGCCUUACUUCAGAAACAUUUCAAACUGGUGCAAACGGACCUUGAUUUUCCUUGUUUUGUUUUUGUUAAAAAAAAAAAAAAGGCUAAAUACAAGAAUGUCACGCUCCACAGGUGCAACUGAGACCAUGGUGAUGAAAACAAUGUUUUGUCCUUGCUGAGGUAGCCAAAGUCCUGACCUGUGGCCAUUUUCACUUUUUUGGAAAUGGCUCUAAAAAUCAAUGUGCGGGUCGUCCUUGAAUUGUCUGGCCACACAGAAUCGGCAGUUGUCUGCCUUCUCCCCUGUCGAGUACUUUGGACUUCAUUUUCUUCCAGAUGCAGGGGAAAACGGGCCUGUUUUAUUUUUCCCAAAGUGUUUAUCCACGGCUGUUACUAAGUAUCCAACUUUGAUUAGAAUGUACUAAAUAAAACAAACGCCUUUUACAA